AUGCCAGGGUUCCACCCCGCGGCUUCGAGCGCUAGCUACUAUCACCCGGUGCUGUUUUUGCUGGUGGAGCUGCUUCUGGUGCUCCUCCUCCUGGCGCCGUCCCUGUUCUUCGACACUCGUAUCUUUUCGAGAGUCGAGUGCCCUUGGGUUUUCCGGGCGUGGUCCAACAACCCCGCGGGCUGUUGAAAGCAAAAACGUGUGUGUGGGAUUUUUUUUCACGCUCUUUUGCAAAUUUUAAUGGACCCAAAAAGUCGCACAUCGAACUAUCCGCUUGUUCGAUGUUCGAUGUUGGAGUUUUCCAAAAAUUACGCAGGACCACCAUAAUCAAUUGGGAUAAAGAGACGAUCGAUGACCCCGGUCAAAAGGAUAGAACAACGAAAGGCAAUUAAAGAAGGAAAAGAACGAGAUAAAAAGAAAGAAAGACAGAGAACAGACGGGGAAAAUGGGAACGUAUCCAAAAAUGAGAAUGGGCGUUUGUUUUUAGAAAGCAAACCACGCCUUUGCAACUCCCCCCAAAAAAGUUGACAGUGCUGUAGGUCUUUACAGCAGCUUUCGAAUGAGCUGUUGCUCAAGCUGUAUGUCCUCGGCAUCGCCGAGGUAGCCAGCAUCGCGAGAAAUCAGGUCGAAACCAGCACGAAUCGCUUUUUGCGCCCGUGAG